UCUAGUUGCCGUAUGUGGUGUAUAGGACGGCUUUGGAAACCUAACCUUCUCUGACCUACGGAGCCUUCGCUUUUUAAAAACUUCAAAGUCGAAUUUACCGAAAUUGGUCGCCGCUCUACUAGCCGAACGAUCAACCUUUAUAAUCCCAAGCUUGGUAAGGUCUUCAGACCAUUGUGAUCUCAUCUUCCAACGAUUCAGGGUGUUUACUCCCUGGGUUUUACAGAAGCAGAACCGUAACGCUAUAUAACAAGACGCCUAUUCUUUAAUAUCUAGUAUAAGGAUGCAGAGUAGGGUUUUUCAGUUGGAAGAAGGUAAAGAGAUUAUUGUAGUUACUGGCGGCCGGACAGGACUAAACAAGGUGUCUCCUUCCAAGUUGCUUCCUCUGCUAGGAUUUUUUCUAGCGUUUACUAUUAUUUUCUUAUUCAUUAGUGUAUCCACAAUCAAGUAUUAUGGUAUCAAAAGUGUAGUGACCUCAGUCACUUCGAGUAUUGUGCCUUGCAACGAGAGAAGAAAUGAUUUGGAUAAAUGGAUUAAACGUCCUGCGGUUCUCAUGCAUAAUAUGAGCGAUGAAGAGCUUCUUUGGCGCGCGUCUAUCACGCCUCAUAGAAAAGAGUAUCCGUUUAAUAGGGUGCCCAAAAUCGCGUUUAUGUUCUUGACAAUGGGUCCUUUGCCGCUUGCACCGCUUUGGGAAAGGUUAUUAAAGGGUCAUGAAAAGUAUUACUCAGUGUACAUCCAUUCACAAGUGUCUUCUUCAGCCAUGUUUUCAGCUUCCUCUGUUUUCUAUCGUAGGCAUAUACCAAGUCAGGUUGCAGAAUGGGGAAGAAUGACAAUGUGCGAUGCGGAGAGGCGGCUUCUUGCAAAUGCGUUGCUCGAUAUCUCAAACGAAUGGUUUAUUCUCCUCUCCGAGUCAUGCAUUCCCGUCUUCAACUUCACGACUAUCUACCAGUACAUAACCAAAUCAAAGCACAGCUUUAUGGGUUCAUUUGAUGAUCCAAGUCCCUAUGGCCGUGGCCGCUACCAUGGAAAAAUGUCCCCUGAAGUUACCAUAGACCAAUGGAGAAAAGGGUCUCAAUGGUUUGAGAUUAACCGGGAGCUUGCGGUUUCCGUUGUCAAAGAUAUCUUGUAUUACCCUAAAUUCAAAGAGUUUUGUACUCCCGCCUGUUAUGUGGACGAACACUAUUUUCCAACAAUGUUGACAAUUGAGAAACCAGCGGCCUUGGCCAACCGAAGUGUGACUUGGGUCGAUUGGUCGAGAGGUGGUGCCCACCCGGCUACAUUUGGAGCACAAGACAUCAAUGAGGAGUUCUUUUCAAGGAUCCUCAAAAGUGAUAACUGCACCUACAAUGGUCGCUACACGUCCAUGUGUUCUCUCUUUGCUAGAAAGUUUUCUCCUAGUGCUUUGGAGGCUUUAAUGCAAAUUGCUCCCAAGAUUCUGAGUUCUUGAGUACGCAAUGUCACUAACAAAACUCAUGAAAUGUAUGUGUAACUAACUAACUAAGAUGAAUCAUAGCUAGUAAGCAGAGAUUGAAGGUUAGUUUUGGUGGGAGGAGAGACCAUUAAAUUCGACGUGUAUUUCGGCGAAGUUAUAACUAUGUAUGAUCUUUGGUGAUAUAAAUCUCGAGAA